CGAUAUAGGCGAACAUUUGAUAAACACGUGAUUCACGUUUGGCAAUUGACAUUCAAUUCAAUUCAAAACAAUGAAACGAACUAAAGAACAAUCAAAAAAUCCAUCUUCAUUGUUUCAGGAUGAUAAUAAACUUUAUUCAAGAAUCUAUAAGAUAUUAGAAACGGAAACAAUCACCGAUGUUGAAUCAAUUUUAGCCAAUCUUCAACGAACAUAUCCCGAAUAUGGACGUAAAAAACGUCUUGUAUUGAAACGUUCUGUACAAAAAUGUAUUGAUAAAAUUGUCAAUGAUUUUGAUAUUGAAGAUGCUAGCGAUAAUGACGAUGAUAUUUGUGAUGAUCAACAACAACAUCAACAACAACCUCAAAUAGUGCAAAGCACAAAUCAUGUAAACAAUACUCUUAAUCAAUUGUACAAUAAUGAUGUGGGAAAAAAUUCCGAUGAUAAAGGAAAACGAACAAAUAUCGAUGUACAACGGUCCAACUUUUCAAAUGCUGCAGCAUCUUCUUCCACAAGUUCGAAACGAUCUCGAAUCGAGGAGAAAAUCGAACGUGACAUCGAAUCAACAUUAGUCAAACAAGCCGCUUUACGACAGCGAUAUCUUGUUGAACCAAAAGUUCGUUUUGAAGAUUUUGGCGGUCUUGACGAUGUGAUCGAAGAUAUUCAAAGAUUAGUAUUUCAUAUUCAUAAUCAAGAUUUAUAUCGAAAAUUAGGUGUAGAUGCACCACGUGGUUUUCUGUUACACGGACCACCAGGUGUUGGUAAAUCAUUGUUGGUCGAAGCAUUAGCUAAUGAUUUACAAAUUGCCUAUCUCCGAUGUGGUGCAACAGAAAUUGUUGCUGGUAUUUCUGGUGAAUCGGAAGAAAAAAUUCGACAAUUGUUUGCCUUGGCAAAAGAACUAAAACCGUGUUUAUUGUUUAUCGAUGAAAUCGAUGCCAUCACACCGAAACGUGAGAAUGCGGCUCGUGAAAUGGAACGAAGAAUUGUUACACAAGUUAUUACCUGUAUGGAUGAAUUAUCGGCUAGUGAUGGAUCAGGUCAUGGUGUGAUGGUGAUUGGUGCGACAAAUCGUCCGGAUUCAUUAGAUCCAGCACUUCGUCGUGCCGGAAGAUUUGAUCGUGAAAUCGCCUUAGGCAUACCGGAUGAAAAAUCCAGACUUGAAAUUAUACGGGUUUUAUUUCGAAACAUUAAAGUGGAUUCGAAUUUUGAUUUCCAAAGUCUUGCUCAUCGUACACCCGGAUAUGUUGGUGCCGAUCUAAAAAGUUUAAUUCGUGAAGCAGCCAUUUUGGCAUUGGAACGAUUUAUGAAUCCAUCAUCAACACCAACAAUAACUAUCGAACAAAUUGAUGAAACAAAUUUUCAGAUUGAAAUGUGUGAUUUUGAUGGUGCAUUAAAACGUGUACAGCCUUCAUCAAAACGUGAAGGUUUUGCUACAGUACCGGAUGUCACCUGGAGUGAUGUCGGUGCAUUAUCUGAUAUUCGUCAAGAGCUACAAUUAUCCAUUUUGGCUCCGGUUCGUUUUGCAUGUGAUGUUGAAAAACUUGGCCUUUCAUUAUCGGUCGGUAUUUUAUUAUGUGGUCCACCGGGUUGUGGUAAAACAUUGCUGGCCAAAGCGAUUGCCAAUGAAUCGGGCAUAAAUUUUAUUUCGGUCAAAGGACCUGAACUUUUGAAUAUGUAUGUUGGUGAAUCGGAACGUGCCGUUCGUUCUGUUUUUAAUCGUGCACGUUGUUCAAAACCAUGUGUCAUUUUUUUCGAUGAAAUCGAUGCUCUAUGUCCACGAAGAACAGAUUCAUCCGAUUCAUCGAAUGUUACAUCACGUGUUGUCAAUCAAUUACUCACCGAAAUGGAUGGUCUAGAAUCUCGUGAUUGUUUCUUAUUGGCCGCUACUAAUCGUCCAGAUAUUCUUGAUCCAGCCAUUUUACGUCCUGGAAGAUUUGAUAAAAUUCUUCAUGUUGGAUUUCCAACCGCUAAAGAUCGAUUCGAAAUUUUAUGCACAAUGACUAAGAACAAAACAAAACCACCGAUUUCAUCGGAUGUUGAUCUAGAACAAUUGGCCAGUGAUCCAAGAUUAGAUGGUUUUACAGGUGCCGAUCUAUCAGCAUUAAUUCGUGAAGCUAGCCUGAAUGCAUUACGACAGAAAAUCGAUGGAAUUCUUCCAUUCGACAAGGAUUUAAUAUUGAAUUUCGAACAUUUCGAUGCAGCAUUGAAUAAAGUUCGACCAUCAGUAUCGAUUGUUGAUCGACAACGUUACAAUCAAAUGCAAUCAUUAUUCACAGAAACAAUAAACCGAAAAUAAUAUUAAAUUCUAUUUCAAUCAAUCAA